AUUAUGUACAUUACACUAUGUAUGAGUACAUAAAAGGUUCAACUAUUACUCGAACAUUCAGUGAAAUCCAUGCAUCAGAAGCACACAAAUUAUUACGAAUAAAAUCAACUCUUCUUGUUGUAACAACUGAAGCUAUUUAUGAUUAUAAAAUUCAAGUUUCUUACCUCUUCGAAGAGGGUGGAUCCUGUAGCAUGUUUCCUACUGGUAAAAAUUCACCUGGAAUCAAUUCUAAUGGUUACUUCUAUUUGGACAAUUUUUUGCUCGUUGAUGACAUCUCUUUUCAUUUUCGUUAUCUUGGAAGACUCAAUUUAGAACAUCGAUCUGGAUUUCCCGUAUACGCGUGGGAAUCAAUCAGAUUUGAUGUUAAUAUCAAUGGGGAAAAGGUCGACAAAGCUGUCAUUACUCAAUAUUUUACUGAAUCGCAUGGCAGUGAAAUAUUUCCUGGCUACACGCUUGUCAGUACCAAAAUUGCCAUCUAUAAAUUGCAGACAUCAAAAAAAACAAGUACCGGUACUUUGAUCGGGGAAAUUACAAGAGAUUACAUCAACUUUGAAAAGGUUGGAUUAGAAGAGGAACUACAUGAUGAAUUUACAUUAAAAGACUGUAAAGACUUGUCUAGUGAUAAAACAUUAACACUUGCCUUCCAAUUUGAAUGCAAAGGUGACUCUUGUACCGAACUCAUGGAAAGUCGUGUUUACUACUUGAAACAAAGCUUCAUGCAUUACAUUAUUUUCACCAAAUUUAUCAGUAUACUUCGAAUCGAUAACGUUCAAUAUAAUAUCAAUGGCGUACAUCUUGAAAUAGAAGUGACAUUCCUGGAUAAACCCAAUUUCCAAUCUGUUUUGGAUUCUAAAAAUAUAUCUGUUAGUGCAGAUACAUUUAAAAAGAUGCAAAAGAUCAAAGCUGACACGGAAAAUGAAUGUCUGGACAAAUUAUCAAAAUACCAAGAAAAAAUCAGUGUAGUAAUUUAUAGGCCAUCAGAUUCUUCUUGCGGAUAUUUGAAAGAUUUUGAUGAUCUUAAGGAAGAUACAAAAGCCGGAGAACCAUGCAGCAUCUAUCACUUUCCUUUAAAUAAUUUGCAACGCAUUGACCAAGAAACACCGCUUGAUCAACUCCACAAUAAGUUUAUGAAAGAUUUAGGAUGGGGUCUCGAUUAUUCUUCUUCUCAAUCUAUUAAAAUGGUUGAUAUUAUCGAUAGGACGGAAAAUAAAAUUACUUUAGUUGAUGACUUUCAAUCCAAAAUAAGAUCUGCUGCAAAAUUAAAUGGCAAAGAUCAAGUUACUGUGACUGUACCAGAUGUAAAAACUUUGGCUGAUUGUUAUCGAACCUGUCAUAAUUCAGAGCAACUCAUAUGCAAUACUUUCUCAUUCUGUUCAAAUGGUGACUGUAGAGUCAGCAGCUUAUUAACUGAAGACUCGUUUAAUGAAUCGCACGUUGAACAAGACAAAUCAUGUUCUAUUUACGCCUUGAAUGUUAUCAAUGAUUACUUAGAAGUACCUCACAGGAAAUUUAAAACUCAAACUUCAAUCGCAGUCGACAAAAGUAUUUAUUCAUGUGCAGAAUCUUGUCAUGCUUCACCUGAUUGUUUCUCCUUCCAAUGGUGUGAUUAUCAAUGUAGUUUUGGUAGUUUUUAUACAGAUGCAGCUACUGAAUAUGAUGGUGAAUGCAGUGUAUUUUUUCCCAAAGUAUCUGAAAAGUACCAAAAGACUGGCAACAAAAUCGUAUCAGAUGUGCUUUACACUGAAAUGAAUUUAAAUUUCGAACAAUGUGCAUCAUUAUGUCAUGGAUGGUCCGAUGGUGACACUGGAUGUAAAUCAUUUAAUUAUUGUCCUAAAAGUAAAACAGAAAGUUCAUGUUCGUUAACUCAAUUUUCAGUUAAAAGUUCAAAUACUAAUACGACUGAAGGAGGAGUUUGUUCAAAUUACGAGUUGAAAGUGGAAUCAAAUGGAAAGAAGAUCAAAGAAUCCAGUUCGACUGAGGCAACGAAAGGAACAAGUGGAUCAGGUGCCUUUGGAAUAAUCAUGCUCUUCUUGUUUGUCGGUGCUUUAUUGGGAUUCGCUGCACCAUUUGGUUACACAAAAGUUAAACAAAUGCUCGAUGGCUUUCAUAAUAUUGUGUUUGUGAUAAAUCACUGUAAAUUAAAGAUCAUUUAUGUAUAAUAAAUAAAAGCAAAGU